AUGUUUCCGAAACUUUCUGCAGAUAAAGUGCGAUGGAUGCGGCUUUACUGCACUGCAGCUUUUGGUCUAGGCGUUGCUGCUUCUACUUUAGCUGGGUCUCAAGAUUAUAGCUCUACUCCUUCAAAGCCUUCUUACUGCUAUAAGCAGCACUUAAAAACCCUCAGAAGAAAUAAUAAAAUAACAGAAGAAAAAUAUCGUCGCCUCCUCACUGGUGCAGAUAUGUAA